UCAUUUGUACUUAAAAUUUUUUUAUAUUUAAAUACAACGAUUUAUUAAAACUUUAAACUUAAAAGGUUUCUUUAACUAUUUAUUUGUACUUUGCCAUCAUGAACAUUAUAUCUAAUUAAUGGAAAGUUAUCGACCUGCUCAAAAUGCCUCCCGUACGUCAAUCAUCUUUGACAAGAUUUGUCCACUGGGGACCAAUUUUGUCAAUUAUAAUUUACAAAUUUGUAACACUGACAACGUUAUAUUUUACGGAAAUGUGGUGGCCAUGUUUUGGUUCAUUGGGAGGAUUUCUCAAUAACGUACUUUUGUUGACAUUAUUUGUCAUCAGCUUUUCAUGUUAUUUGAAAAGUGUUAUUGUUGGACCAGGAUUUCUUCCACUCAAAUGGAAACCAGAAUUUGAAGAAGACCAACAGUAUUUGCAGUUUUGUACAAUAUGUGAUGGGUACAAAGCGCCCCGUGUUCAUCAUUGUCAUAAGUGUAACCGUUGUGUAUUAAAAAUGGAUCAUCAUUGUCCGUGGUUGAACACUUGUGUAGGCCAUGCAAAUCAUCCAUCGUUUGUGAUAUUUAUUUUUGUAUCUAUAGUAGCAUCCAUUCAAUCAUCCACAUUAUUACUCAAGACCCUGUUGCUUGUACUCGCGCAAUAUGGGCAUCGGGUAUUGGUAUAUUUUCCAUUAAAGUUAACCCUUUUAUGGCUUACAGCAUUUGGAUUAGCUAUAUGUUUAAUCCUCACACUCAGUUUACUAUUUUUUAUACAAAUGAAAUAUGUGCUGAAAAAUUGUACGAAUAUUGAAGACUGGAUUGUGGGAAAAGCAAUAUCAAGGCGUGAACAAGAUCGGAAUUUGCCACCAUUUAUAUAUCCAUACAAUUUAGGGAAAUUAAAUAAUAUCAAAGCAUUUUUUUCCAAAGACGAUGGUAUUCACUGGGCAGUGCGUAGUGAAUGUGGUGAAUAUGAUUUAACGAUUGAGCAGUUAGAACAAAAAUUAAUUAAAGAAUCAUGGAAACAACCUAUGGUAGUAAUUAAAGAAUACAACGGCAGAUGGUUUCCAUUAAUGUUUGGUGUAUGUGUUUGUUGUCAAAUACCAUGGACUGACGAAACACGAAUGCCAUUGAAUGUUGGUGAGAUUGUUCAAGUCACUAGAUUUCGAAAAUAUUGGAUGUAUGGUCAUAAGAAGGUUUCCGAUGGUACUCGAGUACGAGGAUGGUUUCCAAAACCUUGUGUGUAUUCAAUACCUGGUACAUUGAAGAAAGACAAAUAAACUUUUUUAAAUGACAAUUUCUUUUGCUAUUUAUAUUGGUGUAUAUUAUAUUUUACCGGAUUUGUGUUAUUUGAAUUGUUUUAAGUGUCUG